UAACCCCAGCUCACCCCUCGUGAAACCCUCACUUUCCCCGUUCCUCGUCUCUCCCUUUUGUGAGCGGCGGCGGCAGCGACAGCGACGCAUCUAGCAGAGGCCGGCGAGAGGAUAUCUGAAGGUCACCGUGAGCACAUCUAGCAGCACAACUUCAAUCUGAGAUGGACAGAAAAACAAAGAUGUUAAUUUACGCGGCUGCGGCCCAGUGGUUUAUCAACAUGAUAGCAUUGGUUGUUCAAUCCAGGAAAAGAAAAAGAAGAGAAGCAAUUACAUAUGCCCCAAUUGAUGAGAGAGAUUGGAUGAGAAGAGAGUAUUUUGACAACAAAAUAUGGAAGAAUGACACAAUUUGUGUGAACAUUCUUAGGCUUGGGAGAGAACCUUUCUUUAGGUUUUGUCAACUCUUUAGGGAUCGCAACUUGCUAAAGGACACAAUACACUUGACUGUUGAGCAACAAGUAGCGAUGUUCUUGCACACCAUUGGGCACAACAUUAGAAAUAGGGUAAUUGGCACCAAUUUUGGUAGAUCCGGUGAAGUCGUGAGCCGUUACUUCAAAAUGAUACUCCAUGCCAUUGGUGAGCUUCGAGAUGACCUUAUUAGGAAGCCUUCAUUGGAGACCCAAACCAAAAUAGAAGGAAACUACCGGUGGGAUCCAUACUUUAAGGAUUGUAUUGGAGCUAUUGAUGGUACACAUGUGCAAGCCUCAGUUACACCGGAUAUGGAGGCUGCUUUUUGUGGUAGAAAGACUUAUGCUACUCAAAAUGUGAUGGCGGCUGUAGAUUUUGACCUUCGAUUCACAUAUGUGUUGGCCGGUUGGGAGGGGACAGCACAUGAUGCUCUAGUUUUACGUGAUGCUUUAGAACGUGAAAAUGGUCUACGUGUCCCACAAGGUAAUAGAUGAACUAUAUACAUCUGUCUUGUCAAUGGGGUAUAUAUAUAUAUAACUAAGUAACCCAAAUGUUUCUCGUUUAGGAAAAUUUUAUCUAGUUGAUGCUCGAUAUGGAGCCAAACCAGGUUUUUUGCCUCCUUUUCGUGUCGUGAGGUACCACUUGAAUGAGUGGGGAAACAACCCCAUGCAAAAUGAGAAGGAGUUGUUCAACCUUAGGCAUUCUUCUCUUCGUGUGACCGUAGAACGUGCAUUUGGGUCAUUGAAGAGAAGAUUCAAGAUACUUGAUGAUGCCACCCCAUUCUUUCCCUAUCCAACACAAGUAGACAUUGUUGUGGCUUGUUGCAUUAUUCACAAUUGGGUUAUAAAUGAUGGGAUAGAUGAAUAUAUAAUACCCGAGGAUGAAUGGGUGCCAAAUAUUACUCAUGCUUCAUCAUCAAGUGGUCAAACACAUGAACAUGCAUACAUGGCUAAUUUUAGGCAAGGACUCGCUGAUCAAAUGUGGGAAGACCGACAAAACCAUUUGCAAGCUCAACAUAUGUAGUGACUACUAUGUCAUUUAGCUUGUUGUGAUGAACUAUUGUACUUUGGAACUAUUGUGUUGGAACUUAUUUGUAAGGACAUAUUAUUUUCUGAGAUGGCAUUUGUAAUGACAAUUUAAGUUGCUG